GUCACGGGCACGGUGUACUCCGGGGAUCUGUGCGCGGUCAUGGGCCCGAGCGGCGCGGGGAAGACGACCCUCCUCGACGUCGUGAGCAAGCGAAAGACCGAGGGAAAAGUCUACUUCGACGGCGCCGUCCCGUCCACGUCCACGGUCAAGAAGUACACCGCGUACAUCCAGCAGCAAGACUGCUUCUUCGGCGGCGCCACCGUCCACGAGACCAUCCUCUUCGCGGCGAUGGCGAAGCUUCCCAAGCGCGACGAAGCGUCGCGAGCGGAGGACCUCGACGACAAGCGCCGCCGCGUCGACGAAGUCAUCAAGCAGCUCAACCUCACUCGAUGCGCGGACACGUACAUGGGCAACCGUCUCAUCCGCGGCGUCAGCGGCGGCGAGAUGAAGCGCACCGCGGUGGCGUGCGCUAUGCUCAUCUCGCCGAGGUGCAUGUUCCUCGACGAGCCGACGUCGGGGCUCGACAGCGCGAUGGCGCAGGAGGUGGUGAUGAACCUGCGCGCGCUGCAGCGGAAGCAGGGGUGCACGUUCGUGGUGACGAUCCACCAGCCCGCGCCCGCGGUGUUCGACGCGUUCGACUCGCUGGUGCUGCUGAACUACGGAAGGCUCGCGUACUGGGGGCCCGGACGCGCGGCGCCGUUGGAUUUCUUCGCCGAGCAGGGGUUCCCGUAUCGCGCCGGGUACAACGCGGCGGAGUAUCUCAUCGACACGCUCAACACGCACGAUAAGGAGACGGGCGGGACGCACGACUUCGAGAAGUACUACGAGGAGUCGCCGCUGCGCGCCGCGAACGUCGCGAGCGUGAAGGACGCGAACGUGAACGGCUUCAGAGAGCUCGCGGUGGAAUCCUCCGCGCACGACACCAAGGCGAGCAAGUUCGCCAACGGCAACGCGAGAGAGCUGUGGGUGCUGCUGCGGUACAAGGGAAUUCCGCGGAUGAAGCACCCGAUCUUCGUCGUCACGCGGUUGGGGCUUUACGUCCUCCUCGCGGGUCUGCUGUCGAGCUUUUUCUACGGCCAGGACCGCAAUAUCGGCGGCAUCCUUAACACGACGGGCAUCCUCUUCAUCGCCGUCAUCGUGCCGUGCUUCAUGGCGCAGGCGCGUUCUGUCUUCGUCGAGGAGAUGAAGUUCGACCGCGAGGUGUACACCCGGGAGUUCAACGACGCGUACUACCGCGCCGGAAAUUACGUCGCGCAGAGGAUCUUGGUCGAGCUCCCGAUGCUCGUCGUCGCCGGCGGGUCGUUCGCCGCGAUACUCUACUACUCCGUCGGAUUGGCGGACGAUUGGGAGCGGUUUUUGUUCUUCUUCCUCGCCAACGUCGUCAACUUCGCGAUCGCGAUGCUCAUCGGGUUCAGCAUCGCGAGCGGGAUAAGCGGCGAGGUAGGGCCCGCGGUGUUCCUCCCCGUGUUCACGACCCUGAACAUGCUCGUCGGUGGGUUCUUCAUCCGCAAGGCGACGAUUCACGUCGUGUGGAAGUGGCUCUACUGGAUCUCGUUCAUACAGUGGACGUGGUCCGCGCUCAUGGUCAACGAGUUCGAGGCC